AUGCAAGUUGCUACAUUAUUUAGGGAAACGGCUACCCUUCUCGGUGCUAGUAUGGAACCAGGAGGAGGCCUGCAAGAUGUUCAAGGAAUGCCAAUGGGCAUGAAUUCAAAUGAAAACAUGCCCGUAUUAGACACACAAAUGCAUCAUCCUUAUAAAAUAAUAUCAUCCGUGAAAGCUGAGCCACUGGACGAUGGCUACGAAACGAGUGCCGAUAUAACAUCGUCUCACCACUUAUCAAACGUGAAAUGUAAGCACCCCGUCAGCAACAACGACCCUUAUAACUUCGUUGACGACGAAUUGGCUGACGUUCACGCGAACAACGUUAACCAUUCGCAAAUGAUAUCGCCCGUGCACCAGGCACAUCAGCGCAACCCCGUUGACAUCGAAAACUUGAUGCCUAGUCCCAAAAAACGAGGCCGGAAGAAAAAAAAUAAACAAGAUAGUACUCAAUACAGUAUGGAUAUUGAUGGAAUGGUUGUUGGACCAACACCCAUCAUCAAAGAGAGGAAGAAACAUGAUCGGUUUAAUGGAAUGCCAGAGGAAGAGGUAUCAAAAAGAACUUUACCCGAUCACUUAACUCCCAAUUUAGAUAUUAUAAUCAUUGGGAUAAAUCCAGGACUGUUUGCAGCUUACAAAGGUCACCAUUACGCUGGACCGGGAAAUCAUUUUUGGAAAUGUCUGUACCUGUCGGGCUUAACUGCCGAGCAAAUGACCGCAGACGAGGAUUAUAAACUAUUACAAAUCGGAAUAGGUUUCACAAAUAUGGUUCAAAGGGCAACAAAAGGUAGUGCGGAUUUAACACGGAAAGAAAUCAAAGAAGGAAGCCAAAUACUCUUAGAGAAAUUACAACAUUUUAAACCAAAGAUUGCUGUUUUCAAUGGCAAAUUGAUUUUUGAGGUGUUUUCCGGAAAAAAGGACUUCAAUUUUGGACGACAACCUGAUCUGGUCGAUGGCACUAAUACGUAUAUGUGGGUUAUGCCAUCAUCAAGCGCAAGGUGUGCUCAACUUCCACGCGCUGCAGAUAAAGUGCCAUUCUAUGCUGCACUUAAAAAAUUUCGAGAUUAUUUGAAUGGUAUGGUAGCAAGUAUAGACGAAUCAGAAAUAGUAUUCAGUGAAUCAAAACUGAAAAUGUGUGAUGAUAUUAAAGGAGAGACAGACUUAUAUCCCGACUGCACUGGAGACUUUAUAGAUAUUAGCAAUAAUUCUCUAGGAAAAAAAGAUCCACUUGGUAAAAAGAAACGUGGGCGGCCCAAAAAAGUUAAGGUCGAAGGAGAAACGCCUAAACAAACACAGCCCCGUAAACCCGCAUCAUCAGCGAACAAUAAUUUGCCAAAAAAGAAGAGGGGUCGACCAAAAAAGAUCAAACCUGAAGAUAGUAGUAGUAACUAUAUAUGCUUAGAUCAAAAUAAUUCAUCAAUGAUGAAAUGUUUUUCAUCUCCCUUACCGAUGCAGUCACCUACAAAUUUUUGCCAAAUGAACAUCAACACAAAUAAUCAUCAUAAUAAUUCAUCAACUCCCGGAACACCAGUAGGCUAUUCCAAUAUGAAUAAUUUGGGCAUAACGCAUCAGCCCUACACUCAAUCGCCGCAGCCACAAUCGCAAUCUUUCACUCAUUCGGAUCUAUCUUCGGAAAUUAGUGCCGCAAUAUCAUCUGAGCACUUGGAAUCGCCAUCACCAACAUCGCCCAGCCUGGGUCCUCCAGAUUUCGAUCCGCCGACAAAUAUGCCGACUGAGGACACGACCGAAUGCAGAUUCUCCAGCCCUGCCCCAUCCACGGUCAGUGAGCAUCCACCGGCCUCGGCGCCGCAAAUUCCACACAGCUAUUCAAAUUAUCGUCCCUAUACUAAUGAAAACGAAAGCUAUUCCCAAGCAUCGGCGCAGGGACCGGAACCAUCAUCGGAAUACAAAUUGCAAGACGUCACUUCUAAAAGUCUUUCCGGUUUAGAGUCGCUCGUAGAUCAAAUUCCAAGUAUCGCCGAUGGUGAAGGCGUAGUUCAUAAUACAGCUUUAAAUAAUAAUGAAAAUAAUGAUCAAUAUAUACCUAGUGCAUAUCCAGUUAGCUCAUCAAUGAACAGUUCAACACCUUCCAUCAGCCACUAUCCAGCUUCAAAUUACGCUAUGAGUAGCGCCGGAUACGGCAACCUACCCGUCCCAUCGAACUCGUUUUCCGUUAGUAGCCUGUCGUCGAAUUACAGUCCAUUGAAUUCGAGUAUUCCUCCGUACGGUAACUUGAUGGGAACACCUUCGUAUAUGGAUUCUCAUGUUCCAGUGCCGGUGACGCCACUAUAUCCCUACGGCCAGCAGUACGCCGGCUACGGGCACGUCGCGCCGCACGUCCCUCCGUCUUCGAUCCACGUACCAGGCUCAAACUAUCCAUAUUAUAAUACGGCUUACGGCGGCCACACGCAGGCGCCGCCUGCGCCUAGUUAUUUGCCUAAUAUGUUCGACCGUAUUAAACCUGAUAUAGGAUAUGGUGGUUUUUGA